AUGGCAGUACAAUCGAAGCUGUCACUUCCUGGCGGCUUCGUGUCAGAAGGAACGCUGAAGAAGGCCGUCUCAGACUUAACGUCGCUAUACCUCAGACACCGCACACGCAUCUCACGCGCCAUCUACAUCGGCCUCUUCGUCACCUUGCUGAACCGCAUACGCAACGCGAUCAACGAGCAAAAAGUAGCCGAACAACAACGCCGAGCAGCUGGGAAGAAUGGAGAAAGAGAAGGCGGCACAACGGGUGGCAGGAAGAAGGUCGAGCUGAACAGAGAGUUCUUCCGUAACCUGAUUCGCUUGCUGAGGAUCUGUAUUCCUGGAUGGAAGAGUAAAGAGCUACGGCUUUUGAUCAGUCAUAGUGUUUUCCUCGUCUUGCGGACGCUGAUCUCGCUUUAUGUCGCCGAGCUAGACGGAAGACUAGUUUCUGCUCUUGUACGUGGUAAGGGCAAAGCCUUUGUCGGAGGCUUGGUUUGGUGGAUGAUAGUCGCCAUUCCCGCCACUUUCACAAAUUCGAUGCUCAGCUACCAUCAGUGCAAGUUGGCGCUGCAGUACCGCACGAGGCUUACGCAACACAUUCACAACAAAUAUCUUUCCAACAUGACCUUUUACACGCUUUCUGCUCUGGACGACCGGAUCAAGAAUGCAGAUCAACUGGUAACUGUCGACGUCAGCAAAUUCUCAAACUCUCUGGCUGAGCUUUACGGAAAUCUCGCGAAACCGGUACUGGAUAUGGUCAUCUACAAUUACUCUCUUUCCCGCAGCGUUGGUGGAGAAGGUCUCUUUGCUAUGGGCUUACUAGUCCAGCUCUCCGCUUCCGUCAUGAGAGCGCUCACACCACCAUUUGGAAAAUAUGUCGCGGACGAAGCACGUCUGGAGGGAGAGUUCCGCUUCCAACAUUCACGAGUCAUUGACUAUAGUGAAGAGAUCGCUCUGUAUCAUGGGCAUGAAGCCGAAAAAGAUGCACUGGACAAGAACUACUUUACACUCAUCAAACAUGUCAAUCGCAUUCUACGACGCAGAUUCUACCAUGGCAUUAUGGAAGACUUUGUUAUAAAGUAUUUUUGGGGCGCCCUGGGUUUGAUGCUGUGUUCGAUUCCGGUCUUCUUCAAGUUACCCGCUGUCAAGAACACGGGUAUCGUGGCCAAGAACUCGACGGAGGCUUUUGUAACGAACAGACGUUUGUUGCUGAGUUCGUCGGAUGCCUUUGGCCGAUUGAUGUUUUCCUACAAGGAAGUUUCUCAACUGGCUGGCUACACAUCUCGAGUCUCGACACUGCUUUCUGUGAUCCACGAUAUCCAAAACGGACACUUCGAAAAGCAACUCGUUAGUUCUGCGAGUACAGAUGCUAACGCUGCUGUUCUUGCCGGCAGAGGCAAAAUCACAGAAGGAAACGAUAUCAAAUUUAGCAGUGUGCCCAUUGUAUCUCCGAACGGCGAUAUUCUUGUGAAAGCUCUGAGUUUCCACAUCAAGCCUCUUGAUCAUCUCCUCAUUAUCGGUCCCAAUGGCUGUGGCAAGUCAUCACUGUUCAGAAUCUUGGGGGGCUUAUGGCCCGUCUACGGCGGUGAAGUCAGAAAACCUUCUGCCGAGGAAAUUUUCUAUAUCCCUCAACGACCCUAUCUCAUGGCAUCCGGGUCUUUACGAGCACAGAUAAUCUAUCCAGACACCGUGGCUGAAAUGCACGAAAAGGGUGUCUCGGACUCUUCACUGCUUGAGAUCUUGCACAGCUUGGAUUUGGAAAACUUACUUUCUUUACCCACCAAAGAGGGGGAACCCAAAGGUCUUGACGCGCAACACCCCUGGCCCGAUCUCCUCAGCACAGGAACCCAACAACGUCUCGCCGCCGCCCGACUCUUCUACCACUCCCCCUCCUACGCCAUUCUCGACGAAUGCACAUCUUCCCUCACCCCCAGCAUCGAAACCCUGAUAUAUGAAGAAGCGAAAGUGAGAAACAUCACACUGCUUACAGUGUCUCAUCGUAAGAGUUUGUGGAGGUUCCACGGCUGGAUCUUGGUGUUUGAUGGUAAAGGAGGAGCGGUGUUUUCGAAAUUGGAUGCGGAGAAGAGGCUGAGGUUGGAGGAUGAGAGGGAGGAAUUGGAGAGGCAGUUGAGAGGUGCUGAGGGGGUGGAGAAGAGGAUUGAGGAGUUAUCUGCGCAGUGA